UCUUUUAUUGUUCCUGAUGACAUAUGAAACAGAAAGAACAGAGCUGGGUUUCCAAUACUGGGGGGAGACUGCAGUGCUAGCAGUGAGGGACGGAGAUAUGGUUUGAUUUGUGUCUUGUAGGGAGAAAAUCUGACAUAAAAAGGGAAGGUUGCUCAAGCGUGACACCAGAUGCUACUUCCUCUUAAACUUUUCCCCAACCUCCCAGGGACUACAAUAAUGAAAUAUGGACAUGAGAGUUUUAUUCAGUUCAAGGGCUCUGGUCAAAGGUAAACUUCUUGUCAACUCUUGGUGUCUGUAAGAAGAUUUGUCUGUGGCUGCUGUUUUUCUCUACACCCUUAUUUUGUUAUGCAUUAUUUUCCCCUGAAACCCCAGAGCCCUCUAGUGGCGAAUGUUAAAAUAUUCAUAAGGAUUUUCUAUCAAAGGGUCUGCGCUUUUUGACGGCAACGGCAAAUGUCCGAUGGACUUCAGUGGGAGAAUAGGACCCAAAGCCAGGACCACCUACCCUGUCCAAUUUCCCUUAGCAAUCCUCUACUGCAUUCUUUCCACUUUACAAGGACCUAGUAUCUAAUGUUCAUCUUUACUGUUUUCAUAUAACUCAUUUCAAAUUAAGAGAUAAGGAUCACCACUACAGUCAACCUUUAUUUUUAAGGAGACAAAGAUUUGUAGUCAUUUAAUAUUAAUCUGUGGUUUUAACAUAUUUACCUUUCAUUAUAGAAAAAUAAUUCUGAGACGUUUUCGAGUUGCAUUGCUUGCUCACAAAAAAAAGGAAGAGGGGAAGAAAGAUCAAAUAAUUUUAGAUUCAUUCUGUAGCUAAGCAAAAUGUAAUACCACAUCCCUCCAAGGAAUCCAAGCAUUAUGGAAACAUUGGAUAAUGAUAGGUUGGUUUGUUAAUAAUCCAAAACAUUUGCAAAGCUUUUCAUUAAAUUGCAUUGUCUAAACCCAUGAGAAUUUAAGGACUCUGGUAGAUUGAAAUGUCUAAGGUGGGUGUAAGAUAUGCAAACAAAAUAACACUGGAAAUAAAUAUUGUACCUCAUUAUGAACAGAAUUAGUUACACAAGAGAACAAAUAAUAGAGAUGUACAUCAGUUUUUGGCACAGACAAGUUGAAUGAUAAACAAGCUCUGUGCUUGUUUAAACUAAAUGCAAAUGUGCAACUGUACUACAGAUUUUAAAAAAAGUUUUGAUGCACACAGGAGGGGCUUCUUACCAGUUUCAUUAAACCAAGAUACAUUUCACUAUACAUUUAAAAUCUGUGUCGAGAAAGGAAGUGUGGGAUGGUUUCCACUUCCCAUUACAUUUUCUACUUUAGGAUAAAUAGAAAAGAUCGGUGCGUUUUAACGUGUGGGGGAUAGAAGUGGAGGGCUUUUUAAAGUGGGGAGGGGCUGCACUUCACACGAUCUUCCUCUUCUGAAUCUCAGAUACUAUUUAAAUGCAGCUAAUCCCAACAUAUGACAUUCCAGCGCUGGGGAAAAGACAGUCCGGGCGGAGAUUCUCCAGGAAGGGGAGCUGAGAGCGCGCUGCGAGGGAGAACCGCGUGCUGCGGGGGAGUGUGAGCUGCUCACGCCUUCGGGUGCCCCGCAGAACUCGGCAGCGGAGGACGCGAGCUGGCUGGGAGGCAGGUUGGGAGAGCGGGCACUGGCCACCGCCAGGGUUGGCCCCUGUAAGGACCUCGGAGAGCUCCGGCCGCUGCGCACGCACCUCAGCCCGCUCAAGCGGGGGCACAAGGGGAAUAUAACCCGGGCGAGCCGACGGGAGGAGACAGUGAGGGCUGGGAGCCGCGGGGAGGAGAGAGGCUCCUAGAGAGGCAGCAGCAGCGGAGCACAGGUGGGCGCCUCCAGGACGGGGACCUUCACUGCACCAGCGAGAGGCGGCCUCUUGUCCCACCCCAGCCCCGCGGUGCUGGAGUCUCCCUGCCGGCCGGGGCAGCGCCGCCCGCUCCCGGCGGGUCUGGGCUUGUUCUGCUCAGCCUGAUGUGCCCCACGGCGGGCGCGGGCACGGGAAGGGGCGCCCCGCCUGCCAGCGCCUCCCUGCGGGUGCCGCCUGCGCUGGGCACCUGGAGCGGCAGCCGCCGCGCUGGGCUUCGUCGCUGCCUGAGCUGCCGCGUCGCGGGCUGGACUAGGCGCUGAGCAUGUGCUUUGCGGGCGAGGGGGACCCCGUGCCCGCCACCGGAGCGUAGCUCCUGAUCGCAGCCCCUGGGUGGGAGGAGAGAGACCGGCUCCCUCCAGCCUCCCCUUGCCAUGGGAUGGCCGCCCCCUGCGAGCCCAAUUACUGCCCGCUCGCCGUCAGCCUGAAGGAAGCCGGGGAGGGAGCGUCCCUGGCCGGGCAGUUCGGCAACGGGACCAACGAGUCCCUGCAGGAGCUCUUCAGGAGCAUCAACCUGGAGCGAGCCGAGGGGCUGCAGGGGGACGGCUCCGCCGUCCUGCGCAUCCUCAUCUCCAGCGUCUACUCGGUGGUGUGCGCCCUGGGGCUGGUGGGCAACCUGCUGGUGCUCUACCUGAUGAAGAGCAAGCAGGGCUGGAAGAAAUCCUCCAUCGACCUCUUCGUCACCAGCCUGGCGCUCACCGACUUCCAGUUCGUGCUGACGCUGCCCUUCUGGGCGGUGGAGAACGCCCUGGACUUCACCUGGCUCUUCGGCAAGGCCAUGUGCAAGAUCGUCUCCUACGUGACGGCCAUGAACAUGUACGCCAGCGUCUUCUUCCUCACCGCCAUGAGCGUGGCCCGCUACCACUCCGUGGCCUCGGCGCUGAGCCGCCGGCGGGGCGGCCCGGGGUGCCGCUCGGCCAGGUGGCUGUGCCUCCUCAUCUGGGGCGCGGCCAUGCUGGCCUCCCUGCCCCACGCCGUCUUCUCCACCACCGCCACCGUCUUCGGCGAGGAGCUCUGCCUGGUCCGGUUCCCCGAGGGCCGGGGCAACAGCGCCCAGUUCUGGCUGGGCCUCUACCAGGCCCAGAAAGUGCUGCUGGGCUUCCUGGUGCCGCUGGCGGUCAUCAGCCUCUGCUACCUGCUGCUGCUGCGCUUCCUGGGCGAGCGCCACGUGGGCCGGGCCUGCGGCGGGCCCAGGCGGCGGGCCCAGGUGACCCGCUCGGUGACGGUGGUGGUGCUCUCCUUCUUCCUCUGCUGGCUGCCCAACCAGGCGCUCACCGCCUGGGGCAUCCUGGUCAAGCUCAACGUGGUGCCCUUCAGCCCGCAGUACUUCCUCUCGCAGGCCUACCUCUUCCCCGUCAGCGUGUGCCUGGCGCACUGCAACAGCUGCCUCAACCCGCUGCUCUACUGCCUGCUGCGCCGCGAGUUCCGCGCCGCCCUGCGCCGCCUGCUGCGGCGCCUGGCCUCGCCCUCGCUCACCGCCACGCGCCCCUUCACCGCCACCACCAAGCCCGAGCCCGAGGAGCAGGCGCUGCGCGCCCUGGUGCCCGCCAGCCCGCUGCCCCCCGCCGCCGCCCAGCCCGAGCUCCUCUACUACCCGCCUGGCGUGGUGGUGUGCAGCGCCCGCUGGGACCCGCUGCCCAGCAGCUCCGCCGAGCAGCGCUGCUGAGCCGCAGGGGCGCCUGGGAGCGACGGAAUGGGAGGCUGGGGGCAAUGCCCACGGGGGGGAUGGGCUCCAGGGAGUGUCCCAGCCCUGGGAGCGGUGGAGCGGGUAUUUGAGGGGGAUGGGCUCUGGGGACCGUCCCAGCGGUGGAGGAGUGGCUGUGUGUUCUGGCCUUAGGAGAAGUGGGGGGGAAGGGAGGGUCCAUGGGGGAUGAAAUUGCAGCUCUCCCCUCAGCUUUGCCAAGAGGCCCAGCCUUGGGGGUGUCCAUGGAGACUGAGGCUCCAUGUGGCCAGGCUACUGUGCAUGGAGGGGCCGGGUGGGCUAAAUGGGGGACAAGGACGCCUGGGAAGUGGAGGGCGCUUGCGGACUUCGUAUGAGGAGGUUGCGGGAGCGCCGGGUGGUGAGACUGCAGCUGGAGCGGUGCCGUGUCCAGGCACCGUCGGGGUGUCCCUUGCCUCCUCAUUGCAAUCUCCCAGGUGCAGAGGAGGUGGCUGAGGUGUGUGGGAAGCAAGCCAGGACUUUCCACCUGCCACCACAGAGCCCAGGUUGGGGGGACCUGGCUUUGUUUGCCCUCUCCCAGCACUGAACUGAGGUACCAAGCACAACUCACUGUAAAUGCAACUGUAGCUCUGGCUCUAGCACAGUUCCAGAGAGAAGUCUGUUUGUGGGGCGUUCACUGCAGCACUUCAUCUUCUCUUAGCCUGUUGCCAAAGCAAAAUGAUUCUCAUUGAUAAACAAGAACAGGAGUAACUGAUGUUUGGGAACUGGGGGCUGCUGAAUAGGGGAAGCGGCUUUUUCUAUUUUAUUACCUGUAACUAGAAACUUUGCACUAGCGGUGAAAUGUUAUGUCCAACCAUCAGCCACUGUUGUAGAUCAUUUGUGGUUAAUGGGGUACUGUAUCUGUAACUGACCAUUGCUUAGAAAGAAUGAAACCACUGCACUGCCAAUUUUAAAGGGGCUGAAUAUUCAGAGCCCAAGACCAGAAGGCACCAUUGUGACCAUCUGGUCUGACCUCCUGUAGAGCAUAGAACUUCCCCAAAAUCAUUCCUAGAACACAUCUGUUAGAGAAACAUCCAAUCUUGAUUUAAAGAUUGUCACUGAUGAUGAAUCAGCCAUGAACCCUGAUAAAUUGUUCCAAUGGUUAAUUAACCGCACUGUUAAAAAUGUACACCAUAUUUCCAGUCUGAAUUUGUCUAGCUUCAAAAUUUCCAGCCCUCAGAUUGUGUUACAACUUUCUCUGCUAGAUUCAAGAGCCCAUUAUCCAAUCAUUGUUCCCCAGGUAGGUACUUAGAGGAUGCAGUCAACCAAGCCACCCCUUUCUCUUCUCUUUGCCAAGUAGACUGAACUGCUUGAGUCUGUUACUGUAAGGCAGUGGUUCUCAACCUUUCCAAACUACUGUAUUCCUUUCAGGAGUCUGAUUUGUCAUGCGUAUCCCAAGUUUCACUUCACUUAAAAUCUACUUGCUUACAAAAUCAGACAUAAAAGUGUCACAGCACACUAUUACUGAAUAAUUGUUUACUUUCUCAUUUUUACCAUACAAUUAGAAAAUACAUCAAUUGGAAUAUAAAUAUUGUACUUACAUUUCAGUGUAUAGUAUAAAGAAAAGGAGUACUUGUGGCACCUUAGAGACUAACCAAUUUAUCUGAGCAUAAGCUUUCGUGAGCUACAGCUCACUUCAUCGGAUGCAUUCCUUUUCUUUUUGUGAAUACAGACUAACACAGCUGCUACUCUGAAACCAGUGUAUAGUACACAGAGCAGUAUAAACAAGUCAUUGUCUGUAUGAAAUUUUAGCUUGUACUGACUUCACUAGUGCUUUUUAUGUAGUCUAUUAGAAAACUAGCAAAUAUCUAGAUGAAUUGAUAUACCCCCUGGAAGACCUCUGUGUACUCACAUACCCCUGGUUGAGAACCACAGCUAUAAGGCAUGUUUUCUAAUCCUUUAAUCAUUCUUGUGCCGCUUUUCUGAAUCCUCUCCCAUUUAUCAAUCUAUUUCUUGAAUUGUGGGUACCAGAACCGUAUACAAUAUUCCAGCUGUGGUCACAACAGUGCCAAAUACAAAGGUAAAAGAGCCUCUCUACUCCUGCUCAAGCUUCCCCUGUUUAUUCAUCCCAGGAUUGCAUUAACUUUUUUGUCCACAGCGUCACAUUGGGAAGUCGUGGUCAGCUGAUUAUCCACCCUGACCCCAAAAUCUUUUUCAGAGUCACUGCUUGCCAGGAUAGAGUCCCCAGUCCUGUAAGUAUGGCCUACAUUCUUUGUUCCUAGAUGUAUACAUUUACACUUAACCAUAUUAAACCACAUUGCUUGCACCCAAUUUACCAAGCAAUCCUGAUCACUCUGUAUCAGUGACCUGUCCUCUUCAUUACCGACCACUCCCCCACAUUUUCUGUCAUCUGCAAACUUUAUCGGUGACAAUUUUAUGUUUUCUUCCUGGUAAUUGACACAAAUGUUAACUAGCAUAGGGCUAAGAAAAGAUAUCAACUUAGUUUGACAAGAUCUAUUUUCAUAAACCCCUGUUGAUUUGCAUUAAUUACUUUACCCUCCUUUAAUUUGGUGUUAAUCAAGUCCCCUGCCAGCUGCCCCAUUAUCUUGCCCAGGAUCAAUAUCAAGCUGACAGGCUUAUAAUUAUCUCGGUUAUCCCAUUUACCUUUUUAAAAAUGGGCACAUUACCUUUCCUGUAGUCUUCUAGAAUUUCCCCAGGGCUCCAAGUCUUCUUGAAAAUCAACAUUAACAGUGCAGCAAGCACCUCAGGCAGCACUUUUAAAACUUUCGGAUGCAAGUUAUCUGGACCUGCUGAUUUCAAAAUGUUUGCUUCUAGUAUUUUCUGUUUAAUAUCCUCCAGAGACACUAGUGGAAUGGAAAGAGGGUUAUCAUAAAAUGAGACAUCUGUUUUUUCCCCAGAUACAGACAAAUAUGAAUAUAGAGGUACUUGGCAGUGUUUCCAUGUGUCCAUUUUUGUUCAUAUCUGCUGCUGUGGAUUUUAGAUGUCCAAAGAUGCUUCCCUCCAUUGGGCUCUGUAUAUAAGAUGUGCCACAAGAGAUCAUUACAUGCCUCUGGUCACAAUUCAUACAUGCUAACCCAUGUGAGAAUGAUGGGUGGGGAUGACAGAGACAAGACCAGUUCCAGGAGUUUCAGCUUGUGGAGUUUCCUACUCAUCCGUUCAUCUGGGGGGACAGGUUUAUUCCUCUGCUGGAUGGAGGGGUCCACUCCUUUAGCAUGACCAUGAGAUCCACAUUGAUCUCAGGAGAUUCACAGAAGACAGGAUGCAGAUGUUGUUGCCUCCAUUCUAUGCUUGGCCCCACACCAGCUCCUGUAGGAUCUAUGCUUCCAGGUGCUCCCCCUACACAGCAGCCUUUGGAACCUAGAGGAAAAAUAGUUCCACGGGGAAAAGGGGAGAGACUAAAGCACAAGGUCAGGCGGUAUUACUUUGCAUUUCUUUCUGCUGUGGGUUUGGAGGACAGAAUCUGGAGGAGCCCCCUUCUGCCCCUGGUCUGACCUCUACAACUCAUGAAGCUGGAAGUGCAAGGGGAGCGCACAGAGGAGUACUGUGGGGGUGGGAAGGAGCAAAUGAGAGUGGUAAAAUUUCCUUCUCUCUAUGGAUUCUUCUGGUCUAGAGGUUUUGCUCCUGUUGUAACUCAAGCUGUUAUUAGUUAUUAACUUGAGCUAAUUAACACAAUUGUAAAUUGGAUGCCCCAGACACUGCACAGCAGUUUAGUCCAGGACCCAAGUGUUUGUGGUUCACCUUUGGGCUUAGCCUACAGCAAACAUUCCCUCUGUGAAAUUCACUCCUGUAACACUGAAGUGGGUGGAAAGGGGGAGGGGAGCGAGCGUAUUACAUAAAAUGGCAAUGGGGGUGGGGGCAAUUUUCCUCCAUUAUGGACACAGAUUAGAGCAUGAGGCCUUCAGUUUUUUCCAGAAAACCUUGCAUUGACUUCAAUGGGAAUUUUACUCUGUCCUUAGAGAGGUACAGAGUCCUUCAGGAUUUGGCCCCAUGCUCUCUUCCAACCCUAAUCUACGAUUCUAUGCUGUACAUGCCUAUGAAGUCCAGGAUAGAAUUAAGACUUGCUCCUGUGCACAGGCUGUAACUGGGUCAGGCAUUUGAACCAAAGCACCAUUAUUCUGUCUCAAGACAGCUGAGACUUCUUGUAUCCUUAUAAUCCUGAGCAGGGCGAUAGAGACAUAGGGCAGUGUUCAGAAAGCAACAAAAAUUAUUUGGAGGAAAGAUUCAAAGACCCUGGAGAUGACUGAGAGGGGACCUCAGCUAUGGUAAGUGAAUAAAACAGCAAGUAUGGGGUAAAAGCUGCUCAGAACAAUCUGGUUUUUGUUCAGAGCAGUGAGCUAGAUUACACUGUUGCCCAAGGAAAGUGCCAAGAGUACAAUCACUAGGACUGUAGGCAGGGCAAAACUUUAGAACGUGUAGGGAAUCAUCCUGCAUAUGUAGUGAAAGGGACUGGAUUCAGGAGGGUCUUUCCAUCUGUAACUUCCACGACACAGGGGAAAAAACAUCUUCAGCACAGCAUCUAUGGGCUGUUUCUUAGGUUGUUUGAGCAACAUUCUUCAAACAAUUGCAUGAAUGCAGAGCUGACUGGUUUCCUCCAAAUGCCCAUGUUUGGAUUUAUAACAAAAAUCCUCUUAUGAAUCAAAGUAAAAUGUUCAUAUAGCUCUAUGUGCAGCAGCAGUCAAAAAGCUAACAGAAUGUUAGGAACCAUUAGGAAAGGGAUAGAUAGUAAGAAAUAUCAUAGUCCCUCUAUACAAGUCUAUGGUACAUCCACACCUGGAAUAUUGUGUGCCGUUCUGGUCACUCCAUCUCAAAAAAGGUAUGUUAAAAUUGGAGAAGGUACAGAGGACAACAAAAAUGAUUAGAGAUCUGGAACAACUUCUGUGUGAGAAAAGGUUAAAAAGACUGGGACUUUUCAGCUUGGAAAAGAGAUGACUAGGAGGAGAUAUGAAAGAGAUCAAUAAAAUCUUGACUGGUGUGAAUAAAGAGGUGUUAUUUACUCCUUCACAUAAUACAAGAACCAGGGGUCAUGCAAUGAAAUUAACAGGCAGCAGAUUUAAAA